AGCGUUAACAUUUAUCAAGGGCAUGCUUUUCAAAACUGAUCUUGAUUAUCAUCUGAUUGCUACUUGCAUGGAUUAAUUAUCCAACAUUGAUCGUCGAGGAUUGACUUUGCAAUGAAAUUAGGGAUCAACUUUUUGAAAGAUGCUGCGAUAUAAUAAGGCUCACAAUCGAUCACAGCAAAUGCAGCAUAAAUAGAACAGCUGGAGACUGUCGACUUGUGUACGCUUAUUACGCUGCAGCCUGCAGCGUGAUUCAUUAGAAGCCAAGGGGCUCGAAGCCAUAGGAAACGCGUUGCAGUCUUGGUAGUUCAAGUUGUCGUUGCAUCGGUUGAUUUCCACGUUUCGGGGCAGUGGCGUGGCCUGCGACGUUGCGAGCUGUUUGACUCCAUCCAGCAGUCUACCCACGCCCGGCCACCAUGGAUAACGUGUAUCUGUUCGUGCCGAACCUGAUCGGGUAUGCGCGCGUGGUGCUGGCGCUGCUCUCGCUAUGGUUCAUGGCGGAGCGGCACGCGGCGGCGGCCGCGUGUUACGUCAUCAGCGGCCUGCUGGACGCGCUGGACGGACACGCGGCGCGCCUGCUGAACCAGAGCAGCCAGUUCGGCGCCAUGCUGGACCAGCUGACGGACCGGUGCGCCACCAUGUGCCUGCUGGCCUGUCUGUGCGCCUUCUACCCACAGCACAUGUUCUGGUUCCAGCUGAGCAUGGCUAUCGACAUCUCGUGCCACUGGAUCCACCUGCACGUGACCACGCUGCGCGGCCGCACUAGCCACAAGACCAUCGGCGGCGAGGGCUCGGCACUGCUGCGCCUCUACUACUCCUCGCGGCCGGUGCUGUUCUUCAUGUGCGCAGGCAACGAGCUCUUCUACUCGAUGCUGUACCUGCUGCACUUCACCGAGGGCCCAACGCUGCUCGGACUGGGCCUAGUGCGCGCGCUGGUCGUUCUCUCCGCGCCUGUGGCCGUUGUUAAGUCCGGUAUCGCGCUCGUCCAGGGCUACGGCGCCUGGGUCGAGCUCGGCCGCAAAGAUAUGGAGGACCGGGCGGCCGCCAAGGCGCACUAGACGCCCGCGCGGGCGGGCAGCAGCGGCCCGGUCUGCUGUGAGAUCAAACGGGCGCGCCGACUGGGCGAGGAUGUCCGCGCGCCGCCGCCGCCACGGCCUCUCCCGGCCCUAGCAGGGUGCUAUUCAGUGUUGUGUUGUGAUCCUCCGGCCAAUGUAUCGUAGUGGCGCCGCGGAGCCAGGAGAGCUCUUUAGAUGAGGAACUGUUAACUGUUUAACGUAGGUCUGUCGCCGAACUGUGCUGUGGUUUAGCCUGGCGUUUACUGUAGAACUAAUGUCGUUUAUCUACGGGAAAGUGUUAUACUCCGUUUUGCUGCCAUUGAAAGACGAAAGUGAACGAAAUAUUUUGUGUUGCUUCUGGGUUAAACAACCCCAUAUUCUAUUACUUCGAAAUGCAUUUGAUCGUUCAUUCCUGCAAACUCUUGGAAUCCAUUUUACGAUUUAUCAAGUGACUCGUUUGACUUUUUCACAGAUGCUCUCUUCCGUGCGUUAAAGGUGUGUCCGCUGUUUGGUGGACUUGGAUUAGGUCGUAAUUACCAUAACUUCUUCGCUCUCUGAUCUCAUUGUUUUCCGCCAUAAAUUUAUUCUUAAAAGCCUCGCGUAUGCUAGAAAUGUGUAGAUCGGUGUUGAAUGACUGAACUCAGCAAUGAACUUAGCAAUGGGCAUUUGUUAGUCCCGUCGAGUGUCGUUUUCGCGUCAUGGACAUUCGUCUAUGUUCUAGAACAAAGAUGGUCUACCGACCACUUAUCCAUAUUAUGAACACUUAAACGAAGACAUCUACAUGUGUGUCAUACAUGGUCGGGUAUUUCUGCUUUAUUUUCCGCACUCAUACUGCAUGCAUUAAUGUAGGAUGUUCCGCGUCCACCUGUUUGCGGCUAUUGGACAUUAAAUUCAUACCGACCGCUAGCGAUAUUUAAAGUAUCUCUGAAUUACAAGACUAUAACACUACUGUUGUUCAUCAGUAUGCCUACAGUAUUUAAUGCGUAUAUAGGUUCAUACUUAAGUCACGGCUGUCUGUUCUUGACAUUUGAUGAGUGUUCGCGUAUCCCAACUCUUGGACGCCUGUAGGCAUGUUUCGUUGUGAUGGCAUUGCUUUGUCUCAGACCGACCUUGCUGCAAUUAGCGAUGGAUGUGAUAAAUACAGAACGACGAAAGAG